UCUUCUCAAGGGGCGAAAAUGGCGGACGCCUUCGGAGACGAUUUGUUCAGCGUUUUUGAUGACGAACAGACGACUUCUAGUAAAAAGCCGAGCUCAAAGACUGAUGCUCGAUUCGGGAAAACAGCUGGUACAGAAAGGACAGAAUCCUCAUCUGGAACGAAGGCGAAACGAGAGGCAGAAAACGAUGGGGCUGAUGAGGUUUCGUUCGGUAAAAAGGCCAAACUGGAAAUGCCGCUAUCGGAGGAUAUCAAUCUUUCAGACUUGAUGCCGAAAGUCAAAGUGGAGCAGGUUGAGACGGUGGAGGGCUGCACGCACGAGGUGGCACUGCCUGCAGAUCAGGAAUAUACACCGCUGAAACCACGAGUAGGAAAAGCAGCCAAGGAGUACCCAUUCAUUCUUGACCCAUUUCAGCGCGAGGCCAUUCUGUGCAUCGACAACAACCAGUCUGUCCUCGUCUCCGCUCACACCUCGGCCGGGAAAACCGUGUGCGCAGAGUACGCCAUUGCUCUGGCUCUGAAAGCGAAGCAGCGAGUGAUCUUCACCAGCCCCAUUAAAGCUCUGAGUAAUCAGAAAUACAGAGAAAUGUACGAGGAGUUCCAGGACGUGGGACUGAUGACUGGAGAUGUGACUAUUAACCCCACUGCCUCCUGCCUCGUCAUGACCACCGAGAUUUUGAGGAGCAUGCUGUACCGGGGGUCAGAGGUCAUGCGUGAAGUGGCCUGGGUCGUAUUUGACGAGAUCCAUUACAUGAGAGACUCUGAGCGUGGUGUGGUGUGGGAGGAAACCAUCAUCCUUCUUCCCGAUAACGUACAUUACGUCUUUCUGUCAGCCACCAUCCCAAACGCGCGGCAGUUCGCGGAGUGGAUCUGUCACCUGCACACACAGCCUUGCCACGUGGUGUACACAGACUACCGACCGACUCCGCUGCAGCACUACAUAUUUCCAGCAGGUGGCGACGGGCUUCACUUGGUCGUGGAUGAGAACGGUGAGUUCAGGGAGGAUAACUUUAACACAGCCAUGCAGGUUCUCCGAGAUGCUGGAGACCCCGGAGCGAGUGGAGGAGGGAAAUGGGACCCUAAAGGAAGAAGAGGAGGGACCAAGGGUUCAUCCAAUGUGUUUAAGAUUGUGAAGAUGAUCAUGGAGAGGAACUUCCAGCCGGUCAUCAUCUUCAGCUUCAGUAAGAAGGAGUGUGAGGCGUAUGCUCUACAGGUGUCCAAACUCGACUUCAAUACAGAUGACGAGAAGAAACUGGUGGAGGAGGUUUUCAGCAACGCCACAGACUGUCUGUCAGAUGAGGAUAAAAAGCUGCCACAGGUGGAGCACGUUCUGCCUCUGUUGAAGAGAGGAAUUGGGAUCCACCAUGGCGGACUGCUGCCCAUCCUGAAAGAGACCAUCGAGAUUCUCUUCUCUGAGGGACUACUGAAGGCCUUGUUUGCAACAGAGACAUUUGCCAUGGGGAUCAACAUGCCUGCUCGCACCGUGCUCUUCACCAGCGCACGCAAGUUCGAUGGCAAGGACUUCCGCUGGAUCAGCUCGGGAGAAUACAUCCAGAUGUCAGGCCGAGCCGGGAGGAGAGGGAUGGACGAAAGAGGAAUAGUCAUCUUUAUGGUGGAUGAGAAGAUGAGUCCAGCUGUGGGGAAGCAGCUCUUAAAGGGUUCUGCUGACCCUCUGAACAGCGCCUUCCACCUCACCUACAACAUGGUCCUGAACUUGCUGCGCGUGGAGGAGAUUAACCCCGAGUACAUGCUGGAGAAGUCCUUCUACCAGUUCCAGCACUACAGAGCAGUCCCUGGUGUAGUGGAGAAGAUGCAGAAACUGGAGGAGAUGUACAACAGCAUCGAGAUUCCCAAUGAGGACAGCGUGGUCACUUACUAUAAAAUCCGCCAGCAGUUAGCCAAGCUCGCCAAAGAGAUCGAGGAAUACGUGCAUAAACCCAAAUACUGCCUGCCUUUCCUCCAGCCCGGCCGGCUCGUCAAGGUAAAAAAGGACGAUUUGGAUUUCGGCUGGGGCGUCGUCGUUAAUUUCUCCAAGAAAUCAAACGUCAAGGCCAGCACUGGUGAUCUGGAUCCUCUGUAUGUAGUGGAAGUUUUAUUACACUGCAGUAAGGAAAGCGUGAAAAAUGCUGCAACAGAAGCAGCCAAACCAGCAGCACAGGGAGAGAAAGGAGAGAUGCAGGUGGUGCCCGUCAUGCUGAAUCUCCUCACCUCCGUCAGCUCCGUGCGGCUUUACAUCCCCAAAGACCUGCGGCCCUACGACAACCGACAGAGCAUGCUUAAAUCCAUACAGGAGGUACAGAAACGUUUCCCUGAUGGUCUCCCUCUGUUAGACCCCAUUGAUGAUAUGGGUAUUAAAGACUCUGGACUGAAGAAGGUCAUCCAGAAGGUGGAGGCCUUUGAGCACAGGAUGUACACACACCCACUCCACACUGACCCCAGCCUCGGGGCUGUCUACGCACUCUGUGAGAAGAAAGCAGUAGUUGCAGGUGAUAUCAAGGCAGCAAAACGGGAGUUGAAGAAAGCCCGGACCGUGCUACAGAUGGACGAGCUGAAGUGUCGGAAGCGAGUGCUGCGGCGCCUCGGGUUCGCCACGUCCUCCGACGUCAUCGAGGUGAAGGGGCGGGUCGCCUGCGAGAUCAGCAGUGCGGAUGAGCUGCUCCUGACCGAGAUGAUGUUUAACGGUCUCUUUAACGACCUGACAGCUGAGCAGUUGACGGCUUUACUGAGCUGCUUUGUCUUCCAGGAAAAUGCUAAUGAGAUGCCUAAACUUACAGAGCAGUUAGCAGGCCCACUCCGACAGAUGCAGGAAUGUGCCAAGCGCAUCGCUAAAGUCUCAGCCGAGGCGAAGCUGGACGUGGAUGAGGACACUUACCUGAACCAGUUCCGUCCUCACCUCAUGGAUGUAGUGUACACUUGGGCCAACGGAGCCUCGUUCUCUCAGAUCUGCAAGAUGACGGACGUUUUUGAAGGCAGCAUUAUUCGCUGCAUGAGGCGUCUGGAGGAGCUUCUGAGGCAGAUGUGCCAAGCAGCCAAGGCCAUCGGGAACACUGAGCUGGAGAACAAGUUCGCUCUCGGCAUCACGAAGAUCAAGCGUGACAUUGUGUUUGCUGCCAGUCUUUACCUCUGAAGGAUGAAGCUGCUGUUGAGAAAUUCCUUCCCUUUAUCAUCAAGACAACAACAUGAUGGUGGUGACAGAACAUGUUUAUUAACAUUCAGCUUCACGACUCCAAUGACUUCCUUCUUUUGUCUUCAGACAGCACAAUGUGUUUUUGGUGUGUUUUUUUUUUUUUUUUUUGUACAUAGUGUUUUAACAUAAUUUUAAUUAAAAAAAAAAGGUGUAUAGCAAGAGUUAUUUUUCUUUAAAAAAAAAAACUUUGCUAGAGGAGCAAAUCUGUUAGCAUCAUACACAGGAAAGCAGCAUCAGCAGCCCAAAGGCAUCACGAGACGCAGAGUCUGGGCAGAGCAGAAGGGGAAAGCAGGGGUUACAUUCACAGGUUUCCACCCCAGUGGUCCUUCCUCACAGUCGGUGUGCGCUGAUAGACCGUGCUGUCGGAACAGCGAGACGCAGAACGUGGCUUCGGUGUUUGGUGCAGCUUCAGUUAGUGGCAUCAUAGUGGUUUCCAUUAGUCGGUGUCUCCUGGAGAGUAGUGUGCACUAUCUCGUCAUCUUUCUUUGGGGCUGGUGGCUUCUUGAAGAAAUCAGACACGAAGAAGACCUGAGGGAGAAAUGUAAGGAUUAUGCUAUAGGGUUUUAUAUAAAUAAAUAAAAGAUGGAACAAGGCUUAGAAUACAAGAGUGGACAAAUCGCAAACUCAAACUGAUUUCAUGUCCGCCACGCUUGAGUUGAGUUUUGGUUUGUAGUUGCUUAGAUGAGUCGUCAAAGCAGGAAGUUGGAAUUUUCAGGCACUGUUUUCUUUCUCCAGUGUGGGCAAGAAACAUGAAUGCCUCCAUGUUCAUCUGUCCAGCCAGCAAACCACUGUGAUGCACAGUUUAUUAGGAACACCCACUGUUCUGUGCAGUUCCCUUGACAUCAUGCAGAUACAAUUCUUCAGUUAAGCCUCGGUCACGGCUGGUCUACGUGCAAGAAACGCACGGAGGGCGCGCGUACGACGUGGAUUUUCGAGCCGUAGACCGGCCGCAGAGGUUCUUUGUCAUGUCAAACAAACUCUACGGGCGCUUACGUUUUUUUCAGGUUGCAAGACAAACUUGCGGCCAACGUGCGUCUUUCUCCACGAACAAAAAAAAACGCAGCUAUGUGGGAAACGCCAAAAAUCGCACGUCCAGUUAUUCCAGUCGUGACCUAGGCUUUAACGUUCACUUCAAACAUCAGAAUGGGAAAAAUUGUGAUCUCAAAGCAUGACUGACUUUCACUGUGGCAUGGAUGUUGGUUUGAGUAUUUCAGAAAGUGCUGGUCUCAUGGGGUUUACCCAGAAUGGUGCAGAAAACAAAAAAGUGAGCGAGCGACAGUUCUGUGGGUGGAAACGAGCGCCUUGUUGAUUAAGAGGGGUCUGAGAAAAAUGGACAUUGUUUCGAGCUGCCAGGAAGGAUAUAGGUAACUCUUUACAGCUGUGGUGAGCAGAAAAGCAUGCAACAUUGGGUUCCACUCCUGCAGCCAAGAACAGGAAUCUUAAAAUCAAGAACAAGUUCCUAUCAAAGUGGCCAGCAAGUGUAUAUUUAGACACGUUACAUGUUGGUUACUAUGCUGAUUUGAUGUCGCUUGCUGAACUUGGAUGUUCGAGACCCUUAAAGCCUCGGUCACAACCGGCCAUACGUGCUCCUACGGCCAGUCUACGUGCAAGAAACGCACGGAGGGCGCGCGUGUGACGUGCUGAUUUUCAAGCCGCAGACCGGCCGCAGAGGUUCUUUGUCAUGUCAAACAAACUCUAUGGGCGCUUACGUUUUUUCAGGUUGCAAGACAAACUUACGGCCAACGUGCGUCUUUCUCCGCGAUUUGGGGAAACGCCAAAAAUCGCACGUCCGGUUGUGACCUAGGCUUAAGGGACGUUAUCUUAUGGCCCUUUUCCACUACCCUUUUUCAGCUCGCUUCAGCCCAACACGGCUCGCGUUUCGACUACCUUAGAGCAGCAUGACUCAGCUCGCUUCAGCCCUGCUUAGCACCCAAAACUCGCACGGUUUUGGAGUGGGGCUGAAGCGAGCCGAGCCGAGUGGGGCUAGGGGCGUGAGCCAGACACUCCCCUGUGCACUGAUUGGUGAGGAGGAGUGUCCUCACAUGCCCACACACGCCCCGCGAGCACGCUGGGAUCUGUAAACACCGUAAACCCGGAAGAAUAAUAAUUACGAAUUACGAGAAUUUCUGAAGCCUUAUGCGCCUCGCCUCAUCUAUACGCUCUUGCCAGUAUCUGUUGGCGUUGUCGGUGACAACAAGCCACAGCACCAAGACCAGCAACACUAACGACUCCAUGUUUAUUGUUUACUAUCCGGGUCGUGAGACUACCGCUUAAAAGAUCACUGAUGUCACUGUUUGCGCCGCCUAACGACAUCGAGUGACGUCCACCCACUUUCGCGACCUCCACCCAAUGUGUCCACCCACUUCCAGCCAGCACGGUUCAGCGCGGUUGUAGUCGAAAUGCAACUCCAACAGCCCCGCUCAGCCCGACUCAGCCCAACUCAGCCGCGUUGGUAGUGGAAAAGCAGCAUUAGGUUUUUCCUGCUUGGAAAUUGCAAGUUACAGCGUUUGUUCAAUGAGAAAGAACACGCAUCCUGUCGACUUUUGCAAAAUGAAUGUCAUCGUCUGGCGUGAAUGUUUAAAAGGCUAUCUGUAAACCUCGAUGCAUAUGCUUCCAAAUCCCACCGCCUGCUGCACUACACACAUUGGGUGUUCUUUAAUAGAGGGAUGUAAUAGAGGAACUUGCACGUGACAUGACAACGUGGUCUUUUCAGAAUCUGAAACCGUGUCGAGGGUGUGAAUGAUGUGAUACAACAGAACCCUUAUCAGGAGCUGAUGGGGAUUACAGCCACACCGUUGUUCCCUUAGUCUGAAUUAUAGCCAGUUAGUUUGCUAGUGCACGUUUUAUUACAUUAUGUUAACGACCACUUCUCAGCCCAGUCAGUUAGGUUUCCAGGCAACCGAAUUGUCUGAGUAACACCCAAUGUCCACAUUGAUAAGUUUCUAAAUAGGAUUUUGGUCAUGGACACUUUAACAAAAACGCAUACUUUAGUGGUAAUGCAAAUGACGGGUCUGGUCCUGUUAAAAACAAUAAACAUGUCUUUAGGGGAAUAAAAAGCUCUAGGGCUCUAGUAAACACCUAAAAUAUUACUGAACCCAUUUAAAUAAUGAGCUUGCUCUUAAAAUAAAUGGAUCAGACAAUCUGUUCCAAAGUAAUUAUUAUUUUUUUUUUGGUUGCCAAAGUGUUACUACACCUGCACUCGGUCACAUUUAAAGUUGGUCCUGAUGGUCAUUUACUUCAAGUGUUACCCAUAAUGCCCUGCAAACAUCAGUUUUAACACUGAAAAGAAGCUGCUUGCUAGCCAGGUUACAGAGCUCAUGUGUAGGAGUCGGUCAGGACCUGAUUGAGGACAGGGAGGAUCAUUAGCUACUGAAAGGUGACAGGUCAAGUGAUUUUGUGUUUUAAGACUGCAGUAAAACCUGAAGAGCUGAACAGUAUGUGCCAUAAUCACCCUGCUUAAAAAUAAACAUGACCAGGAUAGACUUUAAACAGAAUUCCUCAGGCGGUGUGUGGAUUUUUUUUCCUAAAAAGGUGGGAAAAUUAAUUUUAAAACCCCUUUGUGAAGACGGUGUAUAAUAACCAAUAUAUCUAGGCGGAGACAAGGACCCUUACCACCAGUAAGGCCAUGCCCGCUCCUUGUAUGAGGCCCGUGAGGACGUCGCUCCAGUGGUGUUUAUAGUCGGACACGCGGGACAGUCCUGUGUAUAUAGAUGCAGCAACCAGGAAGAACUGGAUUGUGGGUCGUAGGAGUCGAGCCCAUUCAUCCUGCCAUCGAGCCUGCAGAUAAAGCUGAGAGAAGGAAGAAGUGAUUUAGAGGUGUGAAUGAUAUAUGAUAUAAAAUGUACAAAACCUUUACACUACUCAGUGAAGGGAUGUUUAGUGUUUGCUGCUUAAUUGGCAGAGGUGUGUAAAAAUUAGCAUGUGGAAAACAAUCAGUACGUUUACAUGCACAUCCAAAUCGAGCUACUGUCGGUAAUCGAGCAAAGGGUCCCAGCAGGAGUGCCAGAGAAAUCCAAUCCUACAUGCAACUGUGAAAUCGAGCUAUUGUGUAAGGUGCAUUGUGCACCCGAGCCACACGUGGCGCUACAUGCCCCAUCGUGUUGGUACACUUCCGGUUGUCGUCAUGAAGAAGAGCUAUACUGUUCCCAGAUACUGCUGACGUAUUCCAGCCCAAAACAUGUUCAAAUCCGCCAAAAAGCACUUAAAACCCCCAAUCUGGCAACAUUGGCAGUUCCGUGUUCAAGCUGUUAGGCUUGCUCUAACAGACUGUAUGGCUACAAACUGUCCUGCGCAGACCACUGUUUUGUAAGACAACUUAUUUUGCACAAUUGUAUAUUUUUCUAAAGUCCAUUUUUUGCUUACAAAAAAAUAUUUUUUUUUUGCUUACAAUUUAACUUGUCUUAAUAAACACAAAGUUAAA